AUGGCCAUGCCUAGGCUGAUGGUCUCCUUUAAUGCAGUGCAGGCUUGUGGGCUUAAUGAAGUGUCAAAAAAACCUAACACAUCAGAAUGUGAUGUGCUGAAAUGCAAGUCUUCUUCUGAGAAGCUCAUAGGCUUCCGUGUGCAGGCGUCAUUUCUAUUGUCACACAGUAUAAAUACUUCAUUCAGUGAGGUUCAGCAUUUGAUUGUGGGAGCUUUCUAUAGCAUUUCUACAACUACUUCAGCUUUAUUUUUGACUCACGAUUCACUUCAGCUGAAGAUGCGUCGGUCUGUCGUCUCUGCGCUGCUGGUGUUCAGUUUUCCCUUCAUCAUUACUGAAGUUGUAGAUUCAUUCAGUAAAUGCAGUCAGUUUUUUCUAGAGGGAAAGCCUCCGGUGAUUCCUGGCAUUCUGAAGGAUUCGGUUUCCCAGGAUAACAACCGCUACAAACUGAUCUGUCAACGAUACAAGAACGCUUACAGAUUUGCUACCCUCUACGAUACAACAAAUAAGAUCCCUGUUUUCUCAGCAUACAGAUAUACUGGGUUCAAGAAAGGAAGACCACAGAUUCGAUGGAUGAUUGAGCCACAGCUUGAAACUUCAGGUGUUCAGAUGCGUGCACGACGUGUUAAUCAGGCGUAUACAGAAGACUACCAGAAAUUGUAUAGACUGGAUCGUGGUCACUUAUUUCCCAAUGGCCAUGCAGCGAAUAAAGACAUUGCUGAAUCUACAUUCACCCUGACCAAUGUUGUACCACAGUAUAAAAGCUUUAAUGGUGGCAGCUGGAACCGUAUGGAGAAUGAUGUUAGAGAAUUAAUGGAUUCUGACUGCGCAAAAAAUCGUCCUGCCUAUGUGCUGACUGGAGCUGUGCCGAAUCAAGAACAUUACUUGAAUCAAAAAGUCAACAUUCCCACACACAUGUGGAACGCAUUCUGCUGCUAUAAUAAAACGAAAAGCACAUGGGUAUCCCGAGCUCACUGGGCUGCAAACAAAGACGAGAGUGAAGAUAAGAAGAAGAAAAUCCCUGAAAAAACACUGAAGGAAUUACUGCAGUUUCUGGAGGAGAAAUACAAUUCAGUAGUCACGCUGUUCAACAAAUGUUUGUAUAACUGAAGACAACAAGCUAAAAUUUGUGUUGUUUUAUCUACUCUUCUGUUU